GGAAAUAUUUUCAGUUACUUUAAGAAAAGUGUAAAUGCACAUGAAUGGCAGCUUAUAGAGAACUACCUUGUAACCAGUAUACAGGUACAACUACUGCUCUUCAGAAAUUGGAAGGUUUUGCUAGCCGAUUAUUUCAUAGACACUCUAAAGGUGCUGCACAUGAUCAGAAAACAGCUUUGGAAAAUGACAGCCUUCAUUUCUCUGAACAUACUGCUUUAUGGGACAAAUCAAUGAAAGAGUUUCUAGCCAAAGCCAAAGAAGACUUUUUAAAAAAGUGGGAAAAUCCUGCUCCGAAUAAUGCCGGGCUCGAGGAUUUUGAAAGGAAAAAAACCCUUGGGACAGGUUCAUUUGGAAGAGUCAUGUUGGUGAAACAUAAAGCCACAGAACAGUAUUAUGCCAUGAAGAUCUUAGAUAAGCAGAAGGUUGUUAAACUGAAGCAAAUAGAGCAUACUUUGAAUGAGAAAAGAAUAUUACAGGCAGUGAAUUUUCCUUUUCUUGUUCGGCUGGAAUAUUCUUUUAAGGAUAAUUCUAAUUUAUACAUGGUUAUGGAAUAUGUCCCUGGGGGUGAAAUGUUUUCACAUCUAAGAAGAAUUGGAAGGUUCAGUGAACCCCAUGCACGAUUCUAUGCAGCUCAGAUAGUGCUAACAUUCGAGUACCUCCAUUCACUAGACCUCAUCUACAGAGAUCUAAAACCUGAAAAUCUCUUAAUUGACCAUCAAGGUUAUAUCCAGGUCACAGAUUUUGGGUUUGCCAAAAGAGUUAAAGGCAGAACUUGGACAUUAUGUGGUACUCCAGAAUAUUUGGCUCCAGAAAUAAUCCUCAGCAAGGGCUACAAUAAGGCAGUGGAUUGGUGGGCAUUAGGAGUGUUAAUCUAUGAAAUGGCAGCUGGCUAUCCCCCAUUCUUUGCAGACCAACCAAUUCAGAUUUAUGAAAAGAUUGUUUCUGGAAAGGUCCGAUUCCCAUCCCACUUCAGUUCAGAUCUCAAGGACCUUCUAAGGAACCUGCUCCAGGUAGAUUUGACAAAGCGAUUUGGAAAUCUGAAGAAUGGUGUGAGUGAUAUAAAAACUCACAAGUGGUUCGCCACAACAGAUUGGAUUGCUAUUUACCAGAGGAAGGUUGAAGCUCCAUUCAUACCAAAGUUCAGAGGCUCUGGAGAUACCAGCAACUUUGAUGACUAUGAGGAAGAAGACAUCCGUGUCUCUAUAACAGAAAAAUGUUCAAAAGAAUUUGGGGAAUUUUAAAGAGGAGCAACAAGAUGUCAGAGCUCACACUCAGUCUUUGCACUCUGUUGAGAGAUAAGGUGGAGCUGAGACCAUCCUGUGUUGAGGCAGUUACCUAGAACCUUCAUUUGAACAACUGAGUGAGAUCUUUAUUGCCAUCCUCUGUGUGUGCACUCUGAAUCCACCUAUGUA